CUCAUUCUGCACCUUGCGCCCCAAAUCUUACACGUGUCCAUACACUUCAUACCAGUGUCGAGGGCAUCCUUCUUGCUUGCUUUCCUCCUCCUAAUCUCUCCUUCAACGCACACGUCAGCCCUUCACCUUUUACGCGUCGUUUUCUCUCCUUUCCUCCUCCCCCCACCCCCCGCAACUUCCUCUUCGGACAUAUUCCAAGAUGUCUUCCACCAACGGCACCAAUGGUAUCCCCAAGCACAGGGAGGGUACUUUCCUAUUCACCUCCGAGUCUGUCGGUGAGGGUCACCCCGACAAGAUUGCCGACCAGGUUUCCGAUGCUAUCCUCGAUGCCUGCCUUGCUGAGGAUCCCCUUUCCAAGGUUGCUUGCGAGACCGCUACCAAAACCGGCAUGAUCAUGGUCUUUGGUGAGAUCACCACCAAGGCCAAGCUCGACUACCAGAAGGUUGUCCGGGAGGCUGUCAAGGGUAUCGGCUAUGACGAUUCCUCCAAGGGAUUCGACUACAAGACUCUCAACCUUCUUGUCGCCAUUGAGGAGCAGUCUCCCGAUAUCGCUCAGGGUCUCCACUACGAGCAGGCCCUCGAGCAGCUGGGUGCCGGUGACCAGGGUAUCAUGUUCGGCUAUGCCACCGAUGAGACUCCUGAGCUCUUCCCCCUGACCCUGCUCCUGUCCCACCAGCUUAAUGCUGCCAUGGCUGCUGCCCGCCGCGACGGGUCCCUGCCUUGGCUGCGCCCCGAUACCAAGACUCAAGUCACCAUUGAGUACAAGCACGACAACGGUGCCGUCGUUCCCCAGCGUGUCCACACCGUCGUUGUCUCCGCCCAGCACAGCGCCGACAUCACGACCGAGCAGCUGCGCAAGGAGAUCAAGGAGAAGAUCAUCAAGAAGGUUAUCCCCGCGCAGUACCUCGACGACGAGACCGUCUACCAUAUUCAACCUUCCGGCCUCUUCAUCAUUGGUGGCCCUCAGGGUGACGCCGGUCUGACUGGCCGUAAGAUCAUCGUCGACACCUACGGUGGCUGGGGUGCUCACGGUGGCGGUGCCUUCUCGGGCAAGGACUUCUCCAAGGUCGACCGCUCGGCCGCCUACCUCGCCCGGUGGAUCGCCAAGUCCCUCAUUGCCGCCGGCCUGGCCCGUCGUGCUCUCGUCCAGCUUUCGUAUGCCAUUGGUGUUGCCGAGCCCCUCUCCAUCUACGUCGACACUUAUGGCACCUCCGAGAAGACUUCGGAUGAGCUCGUCGAGAUCAUCCACAAGAACUUUGACCUCCGGCCCGGUGUCAUCGUCCGUGAGCUCAGCCUGGACCGUCCCAUCUACCUCCAGACUGCCAAGAACGGCCACUUUGGCACCAACCAGAGCUUCACCUGGGAGCAGCCCAAGCCCCUCACCUUCUAAGGGGUUUCCGCCGAGGCUUCAUCGGGGAGCGUUCAACAAGCUUUCCGUUUCUGCUAUGAAUAGACGAUCUCAUCUUUGUUUUUUUAAGACGACUUGGGCAGGUUAUCAAAUUCGGCGUAUGGUUCUCAACGAAUCCCAGAUUUUAGCCAUCUAACGGCUAAGGCAAUGGCAUGUUCUUGACUUUUUUCUUGGUUCCUUUUUUUUUUUUUUUUUUUUUGCAACGAGCGGCGGGGCAAAAAAACUUUCGGGAGGAAAAUCACAUCGGACAUGGAUCGGAG